AUGGCCAGCCAGUUCUGCCUCCAGCUCUCCCCGUGCCUCUCGCCCCUGAAACCCUUAAAGCCACACUUCAGAGAUGUCCAAGUGGGCAUCUGUGUGGCAAUCAAGAGGAGUGAUGGGAGGAUCCAUCUCGCUGUGGUCACAGAGAUCAACAGAGAAAACGCUUGGGUCACAGUAGAGUGGGUCGAGAAAGUCAAAAAAGGCAAGAAGAUUGAUCUAGAGACCAUAUUCCUGCUGAAUCCAGCACUGGUCUCAGCCGAACACCCCAUGCUGUCCAGGCCAUUGUCACCCUUGUCUCUAGUGCCGCCUUCUGCCAUUGGUGACCAGCGUAUUGCCACUCAGUGGAUGGCAAUGAUCCCCCAGAAAAAUGAAACGCCUUCAGGCGACAGCGUCGCUGUGAGGGUCCCCAGUAACCCUUGCCUAAUGAAACGGAAAAAAUCACCCUGCGUGCGGGAAAUCGAGAAACUGCACAAGCAGCGGGAGGAACGCAGGCUGCAGCAGCUAGAGAUCCGAGCCCAGCGUGCCCGUGAUAUCAACACAGGAAACCCCAACUCCCAGAUCAUGCGCAUGAUCAAGGAGUACCGCCGGCACCUGGACAGCAGCAAGAUGUCUGGCCUGGAGCCCUUGCAGGACCACCGGAUCUGUGUCUGCGUGAGGAAACGGCCUCUCAACCAGCAAGAGACCAUCAUGAAAGACCUGGAUAUCAUCACCAUUCCUUCGCACAAUGUGGUCAUGGUACACGAGUCUAAGCAAAAGGUGGACCUCACCCGCUACCUGGAGAACCAGACAUUUUGCUUUGACUAUGCUUUUGAUGACACCGCCUCCAACGAGUUAGUGUACCAGUUCACGGCUCAGCCGCUAGUGGAGUCCAUGUUCCACAAGGGCAUGGCUACUUGCUUUGCCUAUGGCCAGACGGGCAGCGGGAAAACGCACACCAUGGGUGGGGCCUUCUCAGGCGGCGACCAAGAUUGCUCUGAAGGUAUCUAUGCCCUGGCAGCGCAGGAUGUCUUCCUCAUGCUCAAAAAUCCUGCUUAUGAGAAGCUGGAUCUCAAAGUCUAUGGGACAUUUUUUGAGAUUUAUGGGGGCAAGGUGUAUGACUUACUGAGCUGGAAGAAGCAACUGAAAGUCCUUGAAGAUGGCAAUCAGCAAAUGCACGUGGUUGGACUGCGGGAACAGGAGGUGUGCUGUGUAGAGGACAUUCUAAACCUUGUGGAACUAGGGAACAGCUGCCGGACUUCUGGACAGACAUCUGUCAAUGCCCACUCUUCCAGGAGUCAUGCGGUGUUCCAGAUCAUCUUGAAGUCACAGGGGGAACUGCACGGAAAGUUUUCCCUCGUUGACUUAGCUGGGAAUGAAAGGGGAGCAGAUAAUGCUAAGCUCAACCGAAAGAGGCAGCUGGAAGGGGCGGAGAUUAACAAAAGUCUUCUAGCCCUCAAGGAAUGCAUCCGGGCAUUAGGUCAGAAUAAGCCUCAUACUCCAUUUAGAGCCAGCAAACUCACACAGGUACUGCGGGAUUCCUUUAUAAGCCAGAACUCAACCACCUGCAUGAUUGCUACUAUCUCUCCAGGGUUGGCCUCUUGCGAAAACACCCUCAACACUUUAAGAUAUGCAAACAGAGUAAAAGCAUUAGCUCUCGAUGACAGGCCCCACCAUCGUAGCCUCUAUUCUGUAGGACAUGCACCGAUGUUGCAAAAGCACAAUGAAAAUUCAGAAAUAUCCCUUCAGAGGGACAAAUUUAUUAAAAUGCCUUGUAUACAGAGUGAUAAGGAGGAAGAAACUGAAGGAGAAAUUGAAGCAUUAUCCACUCCAUCAGUGGAGAAUGCUAUGACUUCAUGGAAGGAAUCCAGCCAAUGGCCCAAGAACAUGCAAGAGGCAGCUGAUGAGGUAAACUAUGGUACUGAUUUUUUUAUUGCCCAGUUAUUGGUCAUUUUGGAUCAGAAAAUUGGUGUUCUGACUGAGAUUCAAAAGAAACUGAGAUUAUUACAGGCUGACUUCCAAAAGAUGAGGAAAGUAGAGUGA